CGACCGAAGAUAUUAAAAGUGACGAGGUUUUCUCUAUGAGUCGAACGUUAGCGCCUCCUGUGAGUUGCGCAACAGUCGCGAGGUCAGCAGCAUUGCAACUUUUUGGCGCCAAGUGACUGUAAGGCGCGAUAUAUCCUGCUUCCAAGACAAUCGCUUUGUAAAAUUAUGCCGCCAAGGAAAGCAACAAAACGAUCCGCACUGACUGCACCGAAAGGUCCACGAGAGCCGAAACAGACUAGGAAAAAACAAGAAUUAAUUGUAAAACCUGACUUGCGACAAAUCGCGACUGGCGGCGUAUUACUGGUAUUUGGACAAGGUGAUGUAGGACAACUCGGUUUAGGAGAAGAAAUUGUUGAGAAAACGCGCCCAGCAACUAUUCCUGGCUACCAAGAUGUCGUAGCUGUGGCAGCCGGUGGCAUGCAUAAUGUCUGCAUAAGGAAAACAGGAGAAGUAUUAACGUUUGGUUGCAACGAUGAAGGUGCAUUGGGACGAGAUACUUCUAAAGAUGGUUCUGAAACGGAACCAGGUCCUGUCGAUUUGCCUGGUAAAGCUGUUCAGGUGACUGCUGGAGAUUCGCAUAGCGCUGCUUUACUGGAAGAUGGUCGAGUGUUUGCAUGGGGCUCGUUUAGGGAUUCUCACGGCAGCAUGGGCCUUACUUUGAAAGGAAACGAACGGUUUCCAAUAGAAAUACUGCCUAAUGUAAAGAUAGUGAAAAUAGCAUCUGGUGCUGACCACUUAGUAUUACUUAACGAAAACGGACACGUCUAUACGUGUGGAUGCGGAGAACAAGGUCAACUAGGACGCGUAGCUGCUAGAGCAGCUAGUAGAAACACCCGUCAUGGAAUAGGUCCUUUAUUAAUCCCAGCUUUAGUUGAAUUUAAAGUUACUAAAAAAUUAGAAUUUACCGAUAUAUGGGCUGGGUCAUACUGUACAUUUGCUAAAGAAUAUCAAAAAGGAGAUAUAUAUGCAUUUGGCUUAAACAAUUAUUAUCAAAUUGGUUUAAAAGAUCCUGUUACUCAGUUUCACCCACAAAUUUCGAAAACCUUCAGCGGUAAGGUUUGGAAACAUAUUAGUAGUGGCCAACAUCAUACGAUAGCUCUAGAUGAUUCUGGUCAAGUGUUUGUCAUGGGUCGUAAAGAAUACGGUCGUCUUGGACUUGGACCAAACUGUUCGGAUGCGAAAGAAUUAACACUAGUUCCUGCUUUAAGUUCCUUUAAAUGCGUUGACGUUGCAGCGGGCAGUGCUCAAUCUUUUGCCGUCACCGAAUCCGGAGAUUUAUACUCUUGGGGUAUGGGUUCAAAUGGACAAUUAGGAACUGGAGAAGAAGAAGAUGUCGAAGAACCUGUAUUAGUUAAAGGAAAACAAUUGGAAGGUAAAACGAUAGUACGAGUUGCAGGCGGAGGUCAACAUACUUUAGCGUUAGCGACAACCUAUCCGAUAAAAGAAAAAACUGCUGGUUAAUGGCAACUUGUU